CCAUCUACCUUUCAGGGUCACCAUGAUGUCGAGAAACGGUGCGAUUCACCAUGUUGAACGAGUGGACGCGUCGAAUGAUGGUAUUUACAGGCUUUCCUGUGAUCUUUACGCCAUUGAGCGCGACGAAGUAGCGGAGGAGUUCAGUACGAGGAAGAGUGUGAGCUGCAUCAGCAAAACGCGAGCGGCGUUGUCGUGCGUUGCAAAAAGCGUUGCCUUAGUGGUCGUUGCUGGGAUUGCUAUCAAUCUGAUCUUCCCAAGCGACCUACAUCGUGGCAUACAAAACUGUUUAGGGUCGCAUAAGCACAUCGUGCAACUUCCUGCUCAUUGUACACUUCCUUCGUGCGACAAGAUUCCUUCCAUUACUCUCGGCGUCUGGCAAGCGGAGCCUGGCGAUGUGAGAGACGCCGUGAAAGCUGCGUUGAAUGCUGGGUGUAAGCAUAGCGACGGGACAUGGAGAUAUGGCAACGAAGAGGAGGUUUGGAAGGCAAUCAAGCUCCUAUAUAACAGACAAAAAUAUGUACAGCUGUGGGAACAGGUUCAUGCACCGAAGGAUGUGGAGCCUGCACUUGAUGCGACAUUGAAAGCACUUGGUGUCGACUAUCUUGAUCUGUAUCUCAUCCACUGGCCGAUCGCAUUCGAGAGAUACGAGCUCGAUGACGCGCUCACGGCUGAUCCGUCUCCGACUUGGCAGGCACUCGAAGCGAUGGCCGAUAAAGGUGCGCAACAUCAGCAUCAGCAAGUGAGUAUAUACACUUAUCCAUCAAAGCUUAAAUCGGACAACGUGCAAUGCUAUCUACUCGUCUUCGCAGC